AUGUUUCGAUUCGCUCGAUUCGCAUCGGCUCGCUCAUUUUCAACACAAGCCGUUCAACCACCAAAACAACCUAUCCACCUUGGCUCGCUUGCAGAUAAUGCCGGUGCCGUGACCCAGCGCAAACGAGUAGGCCGUGGCCCUGGUUCAGGACUUGGUAAGACAGCAGGUCGAGGUCACAAGGGUCAAAAGGCACGGUCAGGAAACGGAAAGCCCGUCCCUGGCUUUGAAGGUGGUCAAACUCCCUUGAUUAAACGUAUCCCCAAGCGCGGUUUCUACAAUAUUCACGGAAAGGAUUAUCAUCAACUCAACCUCGAUCGUCUUCAACACUGGAUUCAAACCGGCCGAAUCGACGCGUCAAAGACCAUCACCAUGAAAGAGUUAUUGGACUCUCGCUGCAUACACAAAAUCCAGGACGGCGUCAAACUCUUGGGCGUUGGCUCUGAAUCGUUCGCCCACUCUAUUCAAAUCGAAGUCUCGAAAGCAUCACAAACCGCCAUCGACGCCAUCGAGAAAGCAGGUGGCAAAGUCACCCUGUGCGAUCUCAACAAAGUGGCUCUGCGAGCUCAUGUCCAUCCCGAAAAGUUUAUGUAG